AUGGCACGUGAAUACAUACCCAGAGGUGUAAGCGAGAAGAGCCUGGAGUUUCUGUUCGACAAGUGCACUCUGCUUAAAGAUCUCCAUUUGGAGUGUUCGGAGCGUGCUGCCAUCCCGCCGUCGAUCAACCGACUCACGAUGCUCAGAAGCUUGUAUCUCAAGGCCAGCGUCUCGCGACUUCCCGACACAUUCACUUCGUUGCAGUCUCUCACAAGCCUCGAGCUGCACUCUUACGAGCUGGCGGCUUUGCCCGUAGAUUUCGGCAACUUGGUUUCCUUGACGUCGCUCAAGUUGCACUGGUGCUGCUCCCUGGCGUCGCUUCCCGAAUCCUUCGACCAACUCGCCAGUCUGAGCCUUCUAUCCUUGAGUAACUGCUCGACGCUGCAGCUGCCGGCCUCUCUCACCAAUCUUUCUUCUCUCGCCGUCCUGGAGAUUCGCCAGUGCGAGUUCCUUCACCAGCCACCCGUCGAUUUUCAUAGACUGCAGGCGCUCGAAACCCUCAUAUUGGACGAAGUGACGGGACUGCGCGGCUUAAUCGAGGCUCUUGAGCAUCUGUGGUGGAUCAAGACUCUAACGGUCAAGCGCUGCAGUGAGAUCACGUCUCUGCCCGAGUCUCUUUUCCGCCUGCCUUCACUCACCUGCCUCACCCUUGACAUGCCGCGGCUUUCAGUUCUGCCGGACGAGUUUGGGCGGUUGUCAACGCUGCAGACACUCGUUCUAGAUCUGAGGAAACUCACAACCCUUCCUGACUCCAUAAUUUCGCUUACCACGCUCCAAGAGCUUGCCUUGGAAAAUCUCUGGAGCCUGCUGUCUCUACCUGAGGACUUCGGGCAGCUGAUUGCUCUUAAAAAGCUGCGCCUGAACAACUUUCGCCUGCUCAGACGCCUGUCUGAUUUUUUUGGGCGGAUGGCUUCCCUCCGGGAGCUGGAAAUUGUGGAGUGUAGGCAGCUGCAGCAACUCCCAGACUCCCUCUCCCUGCUAUCUUCUCUCGAGCACCUGGAGAUCAAGAAGUGCCCGGCCCUGACGAAGCUGCCAGAUAAAAUGGGGAACGGAAUGCAUCGUCUGCAGCAUCUGCAUCUAGAGCAAUGCUCUUCUCUCACCCACCUCCCUCCAUCCCUCUCCUUCCUGACUUCCCUUGAGACCCUCAAGAUCAUUGAAGCUAAUCUCUUCGAAGGCACCCUACUGGACGGCUUCUGCUGCUUGAAAAGCCUCAAGGAGUUGGUGCUUGAAGACAUGCCUCGCCUAACCUCCCUUCCUGCCUCCUUCUCAGGCGUUUAUUCACUGACCAGCCUUGAAGUGAUCAACUGCCCUAGGGUAAUGGUCCUGCCUAAAGGGAUCGGACGGCUGACGGCGCUCGAGGUGGUCAAGAUCGCAGUGAUGGAUCGCUUGAGGCAUCUUCCUGCAUCGCUUGUUGAGCUGCCGCGACUGCGGGUGUUGGAGGUGCGGGUAUGUGAUAAGGUCGGCGCAUUGUUUGGCGAUGAGUCAGUGCUCUCCUCUCUCACGAAGCUGAAGGUCAUGGAGAUGGACAGCCUUGUUUCUCUCCCUGACUCCAUGUGUCAACUCUCGCGCCUGAGAAGGCUUCGGAUUGAUUCGGCUAUCCAGUUGGAGUUUCUGCCUGACGCCCUUGGAGGGCUUUCACAGCUACGUGUCUUGCAGCUGAUUGACCUCUCUGAAGUAAGGCAGCUGCCCGAGUCGUUCGGGCAGCCGAAUAUGCUCGAGAAGCUGGAGAUUAUUGACUGCUACAAGCUGAUGAAGCUUCCAGAAACAUUCGCUGAUCUGUCUAAGUUGCGCUCCUGUAUGCUUAUCAAGCUUGGCCUCUCGACUUUUCCUGAAAAAUUCUGGGAGCUGUCUUCCCUCCAAGAGUUGGUGCUUCUGAGGCUGAAGCAUGUCUGCAGCUUGCCAGAGUCGUUUGCUAAGCUGCCUAAGCUACAGGUGCUGCUGGUUACUGCGUGCAAGAAGCUGGCUCAGGUGCCGUCUUCUCUCCGGAGAAUGCCGACGCUGCGUGAGUACCGUAUCAGCGAGUGCCCUUUGCUCUCACAACGAGACACGAUGGGGGUUCUUGCAAGGGGAGGCGGGGAGGAUGGGGAGGAGGGAGAGGGAGCGGUUAAUGAGGGAGAGGCGGAAGGGGAGGGUGGGGAGGGAGGAGUUGCGAUGGUGGAAGGGCAGGAGGCGGACAGGGAGGCGGCGGAGGAGGCAGUGGGUGAGGAGGGAAGAGAUGAGGUGGUGGAAGGGCGAGGGGCGGACAGGGAGGUAGCAGAGGAGGAGGGAGAGGAUGAGGAGGGAGGAGAUGAGGUGGUGGAAGGGCAAGAGGUGGACUGGGAGGAAGCCGAGAGUGGUGGUGAGGAUUGGGAUGUCUGUCAUGAUUAUGGCAUCGACAGUGACGAUGACAGGGACGACGAUGCAGGCUGGGGGGCGAGUAGCGACGAAGACGAGUAG